AUGGCAUAUACAAAUGAAACUGUUGUUACUGAAUUUAUUCUUUUGGGAUUUUAUGGUGUUAAAAAUUUCAAGAUACUUUUGUUUGCAAUAUUUCUGUUUAUUUAUAUUGUUACUGUCACUGGCAAUAUUGUAAUUAUCACCAUAGUUUAUGCUGAUGUACAUUUGCAUACACCUAUGUAUUUCUUUUUAAGUAACUUGUCAUUUUUGGAAAUCUUGUACACAUCUAAUAUUAUUCCAAAAAUGUUAUUUAACAUCAUUACAGACAAUCAUACUGUGCCUUUCAUAGGAUGCAUUGUUCAACUGUAUUUUUUUGGUUCUCUUGGCUCCACUGAAUGCUUCCUUUUGGGGGUUAUGGCCUAUGACAGAUAUAUAGCCAUUUGUAAACCCCUGCAUUACUCAGUACUAAUGACCACUAGGACAAGUCUGUUAAUGUCAAUUUGUUCCUGGUUUACAGGAUUUAUUGCUACUUUUGGGGCAAUCAUAUUGGUCUCCCAGUUGAAUUUCUGUGGUCCUAAUAAAAUACAACAUUUUUUUUGUGACCUGCAGCCAGUAUUGAAAUUAUCAUGCAAAAAUGUACACAUUAUGGGGACUGUGGCUUGGACAUUAGCUUCUACAAUACUAGUGGGCUCUUGUCUUCUCACUCUAGCAUCAUAUGUUAAUAUUAUACUAACUAUGCUACAGAUGACCUCUUCUGUUGGUCAGCAAAGAGCUUUUUCUACUUGCACAGCUCACCUUACCGUGGUUGUCAUUUUCUAUGGUGCCAUGAUUUCCAUGUAUGUCAGUCCAAAUACAGUAAACAAUAUAGAGUUCAAUAAAGUGUUAUCUCUUCUUUAUACUGUAGUAACACCAUUUAUGAAUCCAUUUAUCUAUACUUUAAGGAAUAAAGAGGUAAAGGAAGCACUCCGUAAAGCAGUCAGGAAAAUGGGCAAUUGUUAUUAA